AUGACCGGAGCACGCUGCUGCCGCAGUGCUCAAUCCAUUUUGGUGAUCAUUCUUCUUAUUCUGACCGAUGUGUGGGGUGCGGCGGUGUGGUUUAAAGGCAGCGUAUACAAAGGCAUCGUUGAGAAGACACUGCACGACGGUGGUGCAACAUUCCAGCUUCGUGCAGCCUUUCCUAUUUUCGAGGGCUACAAUGACACGCGUCUGAAAGGACUCUUUUUAGAAACUUUGGCUGAGAGCCAAGUUCUGGUGAGGGAAACAGGCCUGUUUCAGACCGAGCCGAACAACUCAUGGCAGAGGAAUCUCCCGCAUCUUAUCGAGCAGAGCCACGCAGAGGUGCUCGAGAAUGGCAGGUCCGCGCGUCUGACUUUUGGCCCCGCCGAGGUGUCUUUCGAGGAAGAGUUGUUGAUUGUAUUGCCAUGUUUGCCUCUCAAUGUUUUCCAGGAUUCCGCAGCCAAAAACAAGGGUGAAAAUUCAAGGAGUUGCCUAACAGGAAAUGCGAUUGUUAUUACACCCACACCAAUGGUUCAAAUGGAUGUUGUUAGGCUUGAGAAGGAAGCUCCACCGCACUACAUUGCAGGGAAUGUUAUUAAGAUUCCUUUUAUUGAAGGUGACAAUAGUGGUCUGGGGUCGAAGCUGAAAGUGAUGGAAGGCUAUACGUGCUCCAACACUCGCAGCGCGAUGACACGCGGGGAUAUGUGGGACGGCGUUACCCACUCAUACCGCUUCGUGGCGCUACGUGGCGGCAUUGCGACCCUCUGCUACGCACCGUUUCCAGACACAUUCCCACUAAUGAUGGUGAAGGUAGGAGAAUCACUGAACAUCGCUGGCCCUGAGGGCGUUUCAACGGAGCCACCGCAAAUUAGGUCUGGUAUGGAGUUCACAGGUACCGUUUACGGUACAAAUCUUACGGAACGUGACGUGCUGAUUCUCUCAGAGCAGCUGUGUAACGAGUUCACUUCAUCCCGUAACACUCUACCGGAGCUUUCUUUAUCUAGCAGUACUCGUGCUCUCUUUUCUGGUGUCUUAGAACACGGAGGUAUAUACCACCUCUGCUACCUCCGCGAUGGUUCUGAAAUGUACCUUGAGGUUACAACGCUACUGGUUGAAGCGGGCGGCGAUGCUGUCAUUGAGGGGAACUUGGAGAAUGUUCUGGUGGAUAAGGUGACUCAACUUCUUCAGCCCGCUACUAUUAGUUCCUUGCAGGUAAAGCACUUGGGAAGGCUGGUAUUGAAGCAGGAGUCUCUUAAUGUCUCGGCCUUUGUUUGGUCAGGCGGCACUAUUGUGGGGCAUGGUGAUAUCAACUGCAUGGGAGUUGCCACUAUUACAUCGCAUGGCCAUGAACCUCGCACAUUGUCGGUCCUCUUACGUAACUACGGCGAAAUGGUAAUCGAUGUGCAUCAGAUUAACUUGGAAGGUGAUGGUGCUAUACACAACUACGGAAAUCUUACCAUUACUGUCGCCUCCAUGGGGAACGAAGGGGUCAGUAGUAUUCGCUCUUGCAGCCGCAAUAAUGUCAUCAUCAACCGAGGCGGUGUUAUUCGCAUAGCCACCAUAGACAAACAACAUUCUAUGUUGUGCCAAACGCGCAUCAUCAAUACAGAGGGGACGCUUAUUCUAUCAGGAAAGUUGAAUUUUACAGACUUAACAAAUGGAGAAAAAGCUCAACUGAUUGUCCCUAAGGGAGCCAGUGUGGCUGUUUCAGAUGCGCGGUUUAGGGGUGGCAUCACGCUUGCAGAAAACUCUGAAAUAAUGCUGACGGAUGACUGCGUAUUUGUAUCAACUAUUGUGAAGGGAAAUAAGUGUCGCAUUACUAUCACAGGUGAUUCGAUACUCCUCGAUUCCCUCACGGUUGUAGGCGAUGUUAGAACAGAUAUUCUUGGAAGGCAACCAGAUAGCACAAGCAGUGUCGUUGCAACAUACGGUACCACCCGAUUUGGAGAGGGGACAUGCGUCACCAUUAAGAACGCCCGAUUUGUUACUAGUGCGGGCUUGGCGAAACUCCACAUUGACGGUGUACUGAUUUCAGAAUUUGACACGGUGGAUAUCAGCGGCAAUACAUUGAUUCAGGCUGGUAAUGUCACGAUAUUCUACGGAAAGAGUAGUGAAUAUAUUUUACCCAGAAAAGAGAGCAAUUCAUUAGUAUCGUUUGUUGUCCCACAUGGUGCAUCACUCGUGGCUAUGGACACAGCAAAUUACGAAACUCCUACCUCAGAAUGCAAUUCGGCCUUCAUGUUUUCGGAUUCCAUCGUAGUUGAGGGUCGCAUGUUGCUCCAGGGCUGUUUGGCAAUACCCUUUGGUGGUUCAAUCAGAGGGUCAGUAGGACGGCUGGAGCAGCAGGAUGACAUAUCGAUGGUAUUCUCUCAUCUCAAUGCUGCAGGCAUCCAUAUCCCCAUAAGCAGGCAGCAGCCUCGUCCGGCGAGUGCAAUCCUAGGGGGAGAAAUGCAUCUCCAUAGUGGUGCCCAGCUGUUUAUGGACGAAAUCUCGAUGAGGAAUGCUGUACUCACGGGCCAUGGUGUGGUUCAAAUAGAGGCCCGGACCCGUGUAAUGGUGGAUCGCGGCUCGCGUCUCUCUCUACAGCCUGGAUGGGUACUGAAUGCCUCCCUGACGCAUGUAGAGGGGGUGCUGGAAGCAGACACACAACCCAGUCCUUUGAUCUACGGUCAUCUUGAGAUUGCCAGCGGCAGUGAAGUUAAGCUUUACUCUUCACCUGUUUACCCAUGUUUACCUGCGCUGGACGUUGUCGGCGAAAUCCUGUGGGGAAGUGAGUCUCACAUCGAAUGCAUUGCUCGCCCUCUGACGGUGGUGCCGGAGUCACACCUCAAUGCGCAUGAGCUUGAGGUGAUGACGACGAUGCGGCGAAUGACAGCUGCCCUCCCACAAGACUUGGAGUGCCCAGAAUCACUUUUACGUGAAGAGGCAAUGAUGCACAUCAUGUUCCAGCAGUUUUUGGGAUACACACCCUACGAUCCUCCUCCGAAUGUGCCAACAGCGCAGAGUAUGUUUAUUGCAGGAGUGGGGUGCAUGCUUCUCGGGGCUCUGACUCUUUUCCUUUUUUUGAGAGCAUGGGGAAUGACUUUACAGGAUUGGUGCGUGGACAUUGUGAGAGAGCCACCCCUACGGCUUGAUUUGACGCAGGCAGAGUUCACAGCGCAUUGGGUAAACUAUUGGGUGCUUGCUUCAUUGGUCUUCGCCGGGGCGCAGUUGUCUUUUUCCUCUUUCCACCCAAAACUGCCGCUACCCAUUGGCUUCAUGUCAGCUAUGUGCCUACGCAGUGUGCACCUCCUAAUGCCGCAUCACGGUGUGAGAUCUGAGUUUCAGGUGCGCCUCGCCUCGGCUGGAGCCAUUAUCUGGGGUUUUAUUGCGGUGCCGGUGCUUGUUUUUUCGCUGCAAAAAACGUCCGCAAAGGUGGGUGGGAGAAAGUUUCUGACGCUAAUACAAUUGCUCUCUAAACUCCACUACUACUUUCAACUGUUGACGCUCACUUUCGCCGUCCCGAUCAAAUCGUUGGUCCUUGAUUAUUUUGCUUGCAAUACGUUUCUAAAGGAUCUACCUACCUGUGAAACUUGUUCGAGCAGUGUGGCUGUACCGUUCGCUAUUGCCCUCUUCCUCAGCUUCACACUUCCGUGGGGUGGUCCCUCGGAGACAAGACAGUCGGUGUGUGAUUUGAAUUUUAAAGUCUCAUCGCUCUUCGCACUCCGCGCAGGGAUGCUGAUAGAAAUUGGUAUGUGGAAAGUAUUCUACCAGAGCCCGGUGUUGUUGCUAAUUAGCAACUUGCUAUUUCAAUCAGCUCGGGUGAUUUUUUACUCAUAUACGACACCCACACCUUACAGAAAUAUCAACAGAGUUGUGAUCCACACGUCUUUGGCGCCGUUAAUAAUAACGAUUGCUACGCUCCUCCAUGUUGCCCGUGUUCAUUUAGGAUUGGUGCGCACUUGUCAGGAUGGGGAAACAUAUUUCAAAAUUGUUUUCGGUCUCGUAGCCCUGAUGGUAAUUGCAAGUGUUUGGUACAACGUGUUUUCGGUGAACGUGGCGAACGCUGCCACAAAUGAUCCUGCAAUUGAUGCGUUCAAUCAAUCUCUCGAGCGAAUACGAAGCCGCAUUCAAAACCUGAGGUACGAACUUAUGGCAUCUGCAUCAAUGGAAGAACGGGAAAGUGUGCUAAGAGAUACCACCCUUUUACACAGUGAAGUUAUGGAGAAGCAGGAACAAUGCCGUUUCGAGAAGAACCGUUACCUGGCCAACUUCUACUGCUCUAAGGGCCUUUCAGACCGAGUCGUAGAAGAGUUAAAUGACGGCAAGUCAUUGAACGAUACGAAUUUGCCUUCAGACAUGGAGACAUUCCUGGGAUCGCCAGAUUCAUCACCACAUAUCUCAGAUUAUGACACGGACAAUGCUCGAUCUCCUCUGACGCAAGAGGAAAUGGAGACCUUUCGCUGUGGUCCCGCACUAGGGUCGGGAAGCUACGGUUCAGUGUAUUUAGGUAUCUUGCAGUGUGGAAGGCUUGUUGCAGUAAAGUAUGUAAACGCCCAGAACUCUAACAGCGAAGCCUUUGCGCAAGUACAAGUGGAAAUGAAUACGCUGAAGGAACUUUCUCAUCCGAACAUCAUUUGCUAUUAUGGAUGUUCUACAGCUGAUGAUCACGUUAUGCUAUUUAUGGAGUUUGCAGUGGCAGGGAGUCUAACCUCCAUUGUGAGAAAUUUUGAUGGUUUGAAUGAGUCUAUGAUUUGCCUAUAUACAUACCAGAUACUCCUCGGACUCCGUUAUCUGCAUGAGAAGGGUGUGGUUCAUCGGGAUAUCAAGGGAGAAAAUAUCCUGGUGGACGGUUUUGGUGUGGCGAAACUGGCUGACUUUGGAUGCAGCAAGGUAUUGGCUGGUAUUUCAGGCCACAGCAACGCUGGAUGCGAAUCACUUACUGGCUCUCCGUUUUGGAUGGCACCAGAGGUGAUUCGCAAUGAGCCGUACGGAACGAAGGCUGACAUAUGGUCUGUCGGUUGCACAGUUGUGGAGAUGCUCAAAGGGGGAAAUCCCCCGUGGCGCGAUGAGUUUGACAACGUGUACUCUGCCAUGUACUACGUUGGUUCAACAGAUAGCAUUCCUGUCAUUCCGGAGGGUGCUUCAGACAUGUGUCUCGACUUCCUAAAGCAGUGCUUUCAGCGGGAUGCGACUAAACGGCCAUCAGCGGAUGAGCUCCUGAAGCAUCUCUGGCUUCGCAGUGUAGAGACGACGAGUCCGCAGCCCCAAGUCGUUCCAGGAAAGUAUUUGCGGUGA